AUGGAGAAGAUAGAGUCGGAUAUGAAAAUAUCGGAGUUGAAGCAGGUCAGUCUCUGCAAAGCGUACGAGGCGCUUCACUCGGAAGCCUCCACAGUCCUCCUGCUGACGCUCCAGUGGAAGGAUCUCGACGAACACUUCAACACGACUCGGAACUCGCUUCGGGAGAAGUUCGAAGAGCUUUUGGAGCGGGAAAAGAGCGAAAACCGGCGAGAACUUGAGGUUGCGGUGAAGAAAAAGCUCGCGACGCAGGAAUCGGUGGCGGAGAGACAGAAGGAACUUGAUAAAGUGAAGAAAGAAAUUAAAGAUCGCGCUAAGAAAUUGGAUUCGUUGGAGAGAAGUGUGAGACAAAGAUCUGAGGAAUUUGAGUCCAAGGGUAAAGAACUCAAUUCGGUUCGUGGAACGUUGAAGAAGUGCAGAGAGGAUCUUGAUUGUAAAGAGAGGCAAUUGUAUUCGAUUCGAAGGUCUCUUGAGGAUAACAGGAAAGAAGUUGAGUUGAUAGACGAUCAACUCAAGAAAUCUCGAAAUUCAAUUCAUGAUUGUGACUUAGAAAUCAAGCUGAGAGAGCAAAGGCUUCAGGCGAUUCAGGAUUCUACCGCCGAACGCUCUAUUGAACUCGAAAUGAAAGAAAAGGAACUCGAUUUAUUGUGUAAAGAUUUGGAAUUGGAAAGGAAGAUGUUUGUUUCACUGAAAAAAUCGGUGGAGCAAUGCACUUCUGGGUUUGAUGCGAAAGAGAGGAAAUUUGAGGCUUUGAUGAAAGCUCUCCAAGUGAAGGAAACGUCAUCCGAAUCAAAAAUUGAGGAACUUGGUUUGACCCACAAGAGGGUCAACGAGUGCCUCAAAGAGUUGGAAUUGAAAGAGAAGAAUUUUGCUUCUCUUCAAAGACAGGUGGAAGAACGUUUCCAUGAGCUUGAAAAGAGAGAGAAACAAUUCGAAGCCACAAAGAAAGAAUUUGAUUCAAUUCGAAAUACACUUGCGUUUCGAUCAAUGGUGAAAACUAAAGCCCCAAAUUCUCACGUAAAGAUCGAACAAUCGGACAAUGAUCAGAACAGUGGCGAUUUCCCAUCACUUGCAAGUAAUCAAUCUUGCAUCACUAAUGGCCACUCCUUGCAGGUGCUAUUGAGCGAGCAAUUGAAGAAGCAAGAAUCACUUUGUACUGACAUCUAUACUGUUCUUCAACGAUCACCAGACCCCGCGAAGUUGGUGUUGGAUGCAAUUCAGGGAUUUUUCCCUUCGCAUUCCAGCGCGGCAAAUACGAGCCUUGAUCUGGGUAUUGUGAGGAGUGGCUGCAUUCUUUUGUUGGAACAGUUGAUGAAAGCCUCGCCGCCGAUUAGCCCUCAAGUGCGGGAAGAAGCAAUGAAGUUGGCGGGUGACUGGAAGGCUAAGAUGACUCUGAAUGCACCGAAUGUUUUGGAGGUGUUGGGUUUUGUGCGGCUUUUAGCUAGCUAUGGAUUGGCCUCUGCUUUUGAUGCGGACGAGGUUCGCAGUCUUCUCGAUGUUGUCAGUGCGAACGGGCAGGCAUCCGAAUUACGUCGAACCCUUUGCGUUGCUGAUAAAGUACCCGUUGACAUUGGGCAGGCGGAAAAUUCAAGGGCCAUUGCCAACAUUGCCACCAGUUCUCCAAAUCAUCAUUCCAGUACAAACCCAAGCGGAAGGAAUCCUGAAUUGGUUGAACAUGAAGAUUUGAUUGGUAAAAGUUUGACGCAAGAUGACAUUAUAGCUGCUCUUCAAAUGCCUGACCCAGCAAAGCAUGUGCUGGGCGUUGUAGAAGGAUCUUUUUCUCAACUUUGGAAGAGAGGAGAUGUAGGUUUUGAGGCAUGUUUCAUGAAGAGUUACAUUUUCAUGUUUGAGAACCUAUUGAGGAACUUACCACUAAUUCAACCUCAUAUAAGAGAAGAUGCCAUGAAGGUAGCAAACCAGUGGAGAAAAAGAAUGAGAGAAGAUACUGAGAAUCCUUUGGAAGUUUUGGGUUUUUUGCAGUUUCUAGCUGUAUAUGGAUUGGUCUCGUCAUUUAAUGAAUAUGAUAUUUCGGGUUUUCUGGAGAUGAUUUCUCGACAUAAACAUGCUUUGGAACUAAGUGGAAGCCUUCGUGUUGCAUAUGAGAUCCCUGAAUUUAUUGCUAAUUUUCUGAAAAGGAAGAGAAAUAUUGAGGCUGUUAGACUCUCCUUCGCAUUUAUAUUAACUGACAAGUUCUCGCCAACGAAAUUAUUGACGGAACACAUGGAGGAUGCUAAGAGUUAUACCAGGCAAUUUUGUGACAGAAAGUAUUCUAUCGAAGAAAAGGACGAGAUCACGGACAGGGAAAUUGCUGCUCUGAGAGACGUAGUUCAGUGCAUUAAAGAUUGUGAUUUGGAGUCUCAAUUCCAAUUCGAAAACAUUUUGAAACGUAUUUCUCUCCUCGAAAAGAUAAAGGACGAUAGGAAACAUUCAGCGUUAUUUUUCCAGUCCAGCAAUGAACAACAACUGCAGCAGACAUGCAACAAACGAAGAAAUGGCACUCUCUCACCUCUUGACCUACCGCUGCAACAGAGUAAGAAAAAUUGCCUCAGGAAGCCUCUUUCAACAGCUAAACACCGUGACCGGCCGGCUCCUAUACCUGUCUCACAGCAUACUAAUUGUUUAUCCAAGUUGCAUGGAACUGUUUUGGCUGCUGGUAAACGCAAUGUUGUUCUUGGUGCUACUUCAGGUGCUUGGCAAGUAUGGUAGCCUUGCCUGACUGGUAUGGAUAACAUGGUCCAAGUUUUUUCUUUUUUCCCUCAUUACCUUAAGUCUCACACAGGGUGAUCAAUAUUGCUGAUCUUUUUUUCAAUCACACACCCUUAAAAUCGUAUGUGAUUGGACGGAAAAUUAGCAGCGAGUAUUAACCGGCGAUAUAAUUUAGCAUCUUUUGUUUUAAAUUUUUAUCCAUAUAUUUUCACUAGCUAAUAGCAGGGGCUAGUUAUAGGUUGUAUUAUGAAUUAAAAUUAUUCAGCGAAGCCCGCUAUUAGAAGCGUUGGUCUAGUCUCCUAGUUUUAAGCCUUGGACCUUUUAUGCUUAAUUUUCGGUUUUUUAUUACCUCCUUAACACAAGCCUGUGUCUUGUGACUUUCAUUAGAUUGACCAAUGAUAGGCAGAACAGCUGUAAUAUCUUGA